ACCAAGGGCUUUCCAUCCUCCACGCAGGAUAGAAGACGAGUUCCCACGCAUUGAGGAGAUCCGCUGUGCCUCCAGCAACACACUACUCCUCCAGGCAAAGAAAUAAAAAAAUAAAAAAGAAACCACGGGUUUCGGUGACAGGCACCAUGCGCAAUGACUGACUCUGUGGUCGGGUCCAAGCGCUGCACAGAAAUUUAGUCCGCAUCAUUCCCUGACAGCUCCCUGAGAGAGAGGAGGGAGAGAGGGGGAGAGAGAAAAGGGCUGGAUUCACAGACUGCAAUAGUGCAGCAUGACGGACACGGUGAUGAGCAGCAGCUCGGAUCGCUGGAUGUCCAACGACAGGCAGAGGAACAUGCAUGCCAGUGAAAAAGAGCAGGGCAACUGGACCAUGCAGCCAGGCCCUGGUCCUGGUCCAGACCUGACAGAUGAGGAGAAAGAGAUUAUAAACAGUGUGAUUGCCCGUGCUGAGAAGAUGGAGGCCAUGGAGCAGGAGAGAAUCGGGCGCUUGAUAAACCGCCUGGACGACAUGAAGAAGACUGUGUGUGGGGAUGGAGUAUCCCGCUGUUUGCUGUGUGGGGAGCAGCUGGGCUCACCUGGGGUCAGCUCAGUGGUGUGUGAGGACUGCAAAAAGAACAUGUGUACCAAGUGUGGUACACAGUGUAGCAGUCGGCCACGCGCCGUGUGGCUUUGCAAGAUCUGCAGAGAACAGCGAGAGGUGUGGAAGAGGUCUGGUGCCUGGUUCUUCAAAGGUUUUCCUAAGCAUUUCCUGCCAUCACCCAUGCCAUUAUCUAAACCAAGAGAGACAGAUGCCCAGGAGGUGGCAGAGCCCCAGGGACCGCCAGCCUCUGAGCCCAGGGAGGCAGUAACCCAGCCACAACCAACAGGACCUGAGCUACAGGGCCGUGCUGGUUACCCACCUGUGGCCCCUAAACCGUCUGUUGCGCGCAUGGCCACGGGCGGGGCUGGCCCUCAAGAGGCAGGGCAGGGAAGCCCAGUGGUGAUGAAGAAGAUGGUUCCCGUCCAGAGCUCCAGGCCGCAGCCUGCCGCAUCAGUCGCCAUGGCCCAGCAGGGUCCAGCUACAGGAGAUGGAGGCGCUUACUCCUCCACUGUGGUUCCCCCAGAGCAGAGAGCGCCUCCUGUCGUAAGAGAGGACAGGAGGCAGCCCGCUGCCUACGGAGCUGCUCCCGCCCGACAGCAACCUACUCCAGCUGAGGAGGAGGAGGAGGCCAACGACUAUGACUCUGAUGAAGCCACCACUCUGGGCUCUCUAGAGUUCAGUCUGCUCUAUGAACAGGAAAGCAACAGCCUCCACUGUAGCAUCCUCAAAGCAAAGGGACUUAAGCCCAUGGACUCGAAUGGCCUGGCAGAUCCUUAUGUCAAGCUUCAUCUGCUGCCAGGAGCUAGUAAGUCCAACAAGCUGCGCACAAAGACCCUGAGAAACACCCGCAACCCCAUGUGGAACGAGACGCUCACCUACCAUGGCCUGACAGAUGAGGACAUGCAGCGCAAGACCCUCAGGCUCUCCGUCUGCGAUGAAGACAAGUUUGGGCAUAAUGAGUUUAUUGGGGAAACCCGAGUGGCGCUAAAGAAGCUGAAGAUGAACCAGAAGAAAAACUUCAACGUGUGUCUCGAGAGAGUUGUCCCUACGAAGAGAACUGCAACAGCCGGGGCAGCCAGAGGCAUCGCUCUUUACGAAGAUGAGCCGGGGAAAGAUGGCGCAGAGGUGGAGGAGCGCGGUCGGAUCCUGAUCUCCCUCAUGUACAGCACCCAACAGAACCGUCUCAUUGUGGGAGUUGUGCGCUGUGUUCACCUGGCAGCCAUGGAUGCUAAUGGCUACUCCGACCCGUAUGUCAAAAUAUGUCUGAAACCUGACAUGGGGAAGAAGGCCAAGUGCAAAACACAAAUCAAAAAGAGGACUUUAAACCCAGAGUUUAAUGAGGAAUUCAGCUACGACAUCAAACACAGUGAACUGGCCAAGAAGACUUUAGACAUCUCCGUGUGGGAUUAUGAUAUCGGGAAGUCCAACGACUACAUCGGUGGGUGUCAGCUGGGUAUCACUGCCAAAGGAGAGAGGCUGAAGCACUGGUAUGAGUGUUUGAAGAACAAGGACAAGAAGAUCGAGCGCUGGCACACCUUGCUGAACGAGAACCACGUCGCCAGCGAUUAACCACCUGCAGCAUGAGCUAAAAACCUGUCCUCCCCACUUGGUUUGCAUUCAUCUCCUAAAGCACUUUUUUCCCCUCCUCCCACUAUUUUGUUGUGUUUUAUCUAUUCUUUCACUACCUGACCCAUCACAUAGGCACUGCUCGCAUCCGUCCUUUUCCCCCUGAUGUAGUAUACUCUUCUUUCCUGUCUUCUUUAUUAACAGUUUCUCUGCCUGUGCUGAUACUUAAUCUGCCUCUGGGACAAAAUCAUGGCGUAAAUGAAUGAGAGACUUUCACUACUAUAAUGUAACCGAGACAUCCGUCAACAAACAGCUGCAUAAAGACCAUCAUGCCUGUCAGUGAUGUUAUAUUGUGUGCUGAACUUGACGCAUUCUUCGCUAAAGGAAAAUAAAGUUUGAAUUGCACUGGCGCAGAGCAAGAAAAGCAAUAUGUUAUGGUGUCUUGAGGUCAAAAAAACAGUUUUCAGGCUCGUAAAAGCCUCAAACUGAGCUUGUGCUAGGAAUCCAUUAGGCCGUCAGGGUAUUAUUUUUGAUUUUGUGUAACACUUGAACUGUAUAAGCAUGCCGAGCCACAGACAUAAGGAAACGCGCAGCUGCACCUUAAAAUAUUUCAAGUGUGCCCACUGUCCUGAACAUAGUGUAUAUUUCCAUGAAGAAAUGUUUACAUACUGAUACAUUGCUCAGGUUAGGAUAGACAUCUGAUAUACAGACGAGUCAUAAGUCAGUGGACCACGAUGAAUCUUUCAUCAGUUGCUGUUAAUUUGUGAUUUAAAAUUAUAGCACACCUAGUUGAACAUUAGGAGUUUUUAUGUAUGGUUAUUCAAGCUGUGAAUUUUUUGAGUUAGUGGGAAGUGUUAACUGUGUGAUUAGACAAACUGAGAAGUGAGCGACGAUGUUUAUGUUUCAGAUUAUUCCUUAGUUGUGGUUAGAAUUGGCAGGAAAAAGGGGAUUCUCCUCCUGCUACCUCUACUCCUGUGAAGCUCACGGUUCACUCUCUGACACCUCAGAGGUUCUCUACUGCAGUGUUCACACACUGAAUGCACACGGUCAAGUUUCUGACAAGGUUUCCCCCUGAACAAUUCUGGCUGCUCCGCUUAACAAAGAGAGGAGAACAGGUCGUGAAAAGGUUAUGUCAUAAGUAUGUGCAGCUUUUACCUGCAUGCACUGCGCUUGUGACUCUCGUGUGCCUGGGGCAGUUGUGACCCGCUCUUGACACCGACGCACCCUUUGCACAAAGCAGGGCGCUUUCCCCCUCUGCCACAUCCCAAUCAUUCAAGGCUUUAGUGUGUGUUUGUUCUCUAAUCACAGCAAACCAAGGAAAGCACACCUUACAAAGUGGAAUGACCUCAAUUUAUACAGCUGUUUGCAAGUUAUUCCAAUGUCAAAAACAAAGAUGAAAACAAAAAAACCUAUGCAUGAAAUGUCUUGUGGUUCAAGAUAUAUAUACUUUGUAAGAAAUUAAUGCUAUUGUAAUUCCAUUAAUGUUUACACUUCUUCCCCAUGACAUUCCUGUUAAAUACAAGAGGCCAUAUGCUGCAUGACUAUGAUGACUAUCGGUGUAAUCUGAGUAAACUGAUCUGAUAGCAUCCACAGGAUAGACUUACAAAUAAACUGAGCACAUCCACAAAAGAUCAGACUUUAUCCAACUCUAUCAGUAGCAGACAUUGAGAUUAAUCUCGUUCUUUGAAUGAGACUUUCUGUACAUACACAUUCAGAUCUCUCCAGUGUCUUGUUUUCUCUGUACAGCCACUCUGCCCCCCAGUGGCAGGGACUGAAACAACCACUAGUAGCAUCACACACUGUCCUAUGUUGUGCUACUUCAGCUACAGUGAUCAGAUAAUGAUCAACAUAAAUUAUAAUCAAUUGUUUGUUUGUUUUUGUUUUUUCUUUUUCAAAAGAAAAAAAUAGGCUUCUCUCUGAGCUAAACCUAUAGCUGUCUUCUAAUUGACUCUGCCAGUUCAGUGGAAUGUUUCUUGGUUUAUCUCUGUAUUUGUAAAUAGAUAGUGCAUGCACUGGAAUUAUGUAUGUUUGCAAAUAACUUUGCAUGUAAAGAUUUUGCAGAGAGUUUACACAGAUCAAUAAAAUCAAAUGAAAAAUGA